UCUCAGUCACGUUGAAGCACUCACGUGGGAGAAGGAUAGCUAGAUCUGUCGCUGUCAUUUUGAAGACGGCUCACACUUGCAAGCCGCUCUGUGAACUUGAGGACCGUGCCCGCUGCUCUCGACUCUGCCUCACUCGCCGGUGUCCCUCUGAUCGCGGAGGUUAAAGCUGCAAGUCCAGUCCAUUCAAGGAAAACAUCACCAUGUCCAACUACCACAAACUCGAGUCCAAGACCCUGCAGGAGCUGAAGGACCUUGCCAACAAACUCCGCAUCCACUCCAUCACAUCCACCAAUGUCACCAAGUCAGGACACCCCACCUCAUGCGCCUCCAUGGCCGAGAUCAUGUCGGUGCUCUUCUUCCACACCAUGAGGUACAAGGUGUCCGCCCCCCGCGAUGCCUCCAGCGACCGAUUCAUCCUCUCCAAGGGCCACUCUGCUCCCAUCCUGUACGCUGCCUGGGCUGAAGCUGGGCUUUUCCCCGUUGAGGAGCUGAUGAACCUUCGCAAGAUCGACAGUGAUUUGGAGGGUCACCCUACUCCCCGUCUGAGCUUUGUUGAUGUAGGCACUGGAUCUCUUGGACAGGGUCUGUCCAUUGCCUGUGGAAUGGCCUAUGUUGGCAAGUACAUUGACAAGGCUUCCUACAGAGUUUACGUUUUGCUUGGUGAUGGUGAGAGCGCAGAGGGAUCUGUCUGGGAGGCCAUGAAUUUCGCUGGUCACUACAAGCUUGACAACUUGUGUGUCAUUUUUGAUGUCAACCGUCUUGGACAGUCCGAGCCCACUUGCCUCCAGCACAACAUGGAGACCUACAGGAAGCGCUCUGAGGCUUUUGGCUUCAACUCCCUGGUUAUUGAUGGACAUGAUGUUGAGGAGGUCGCCAAGGCUUUCCAUGAAGCUGCCAGCACCAAGGACAAGCCCACCAUCCUGCUUGCCAAGACCUUGAAGGGCAAGGGCUUCCCCGAAAUUGAAGACAAGGAGAAGUGGCACGGUACCGUACUGGGUGCCAAGACCGACGCAGUCAUCGCACAUGUUCAGAAGCAGAUCAAGAACACUGGCGCUGCUCUGCUCAAGCCCCAGAAACCAUUGAAGGACGAUGCCCCUGCAGUCAACCUGGCAGUCAAGCUUUCCUCCCCCCCUGCAUACAAACUUGGUGAUGCUAUUGCCACUCGUGAGGCCUAUGGUACAGCUAUUACCAAGAUUGGCAAGGACAACCCUCGAGUCAUUGCUCUUGAUGGUGACACCAAGAACUCAACUUACUCUGAGAAGCUCAAGCUUCAGAACCCAGCUCAGUACAUUGAAUGUUUCAUUGCUGAGCAGAAUCUGGUUGGAGUCGGUAUCGGUGCUGGUUGCCGUGGCCGUGUCAUUCCUUUCGUGUCUACUUUUGCUACUUUCUUCACCCGUGCCUUUGAUCAGAUUCGUAUGGGCGCCAUUUCUCAGACCAACUGCAACUUUGUUGGUUCCCACUGUGGUGUCAGUAUUGGUGAGGAUGGUCCCAGCCAGAUGGCUUUGGAAGAUAUUGCGAUGUUCCGUGCUGUCCCCACUGCCACUGUCUUCUACCCAUCUGAUGCUGUGAGUACUGAACGUGCCAUUGAAUUGGCUGCCCAGACAACUGGCAUCUGCUUUGUGCGUACAUCUCGCCCCAAGACCGCUGUCAUCUAUGAAAACAAUGAGCCUUUCGCAGUCGGCAAAGCCAAGGUGGUCAAGAAGAGUGCCAAGGAUCAGGUUCUGUUGAUUGGUGCUGGUGUCACCCUUUAUGAAGCUUUGAAGGCUGCUGAUGAGUUGGCUAAGGCUGGUAUCAGUGCACGUGUCAUUGAUCCCUUCACCAUCAAGCCCCUUGACGCUCAGACCAUCGUCCAGAAUGCCAAGGAAUGCGGUGGUCGCAUUGUUACUGUUGAAGACCACUACCCUGAGGGUGGUCUUGGAGAGGCUGUUUUGUCUGCAGUCGCUGAGCAGCGUGACAUCAUUGUUCGUAAGUUGGCUGUUCCCCGUGUUCCCCGGUCUGGCCCCUCAGACCUUCUUCUUGACAUGUUCGGCAUUAGCUCAAAGCAUGUUGUGAAAGCAGCCCAGGAUGUUCUAAAGUUGUAAAUGUUCAUUUAACUAUCAUUCCACAAUGUACAAAUAGAUGUUGUUACCAUUUCUGAAACUGUUAAAUUGUGCACGUGUUAUGCUGUUUGUGACUUCUAAUUUUAUAGCAAGUAUUUCCCAGUUUGUUUCUUUUUUGAGGCCUUUAUGAAAUUUAUCCUGCACUUUUUAUUGCUAAAUUAUCACCCUUGAUUUUGUAAGCCUGUUGCUAAGUGUUUAAUAAACACUGAGUUUUUUUUAAAAAGAA